AUGGCCGACUCUCUCGCUUCCCGCAAGUACUUCGACAAUGUUUACAUCCCCGCCGGUUUGAUCAUCGUGGGAUGCGCCAUCACCAAGAGCGAAUGGGUCCCUUACGCUGUUCUCCUGUCGCUUGCCCUGGCGGCCUACAAGUUCAACUCGAUGCAGAUCAAGAAGGUUCUCAAGCCUGACGCCUUCCAGGAGUUCGAGCUCAAGGAGAAGACGAUUAUCUCACACAACGUCGCCAUCUACCGCUUCAAGCUCCCCUCCGAGAAGAGCGUCCUCGGCCUCCCUAUCGGUCAGCACAUCUCCAUUGGUGCAAACUGCCCCCAGCCCGAUGGCACCACCAAGGAGAUCGUGCGCUCCUACACUCCCAUUUCUGGUGACCACCAGCCUGGCUACUUCGACCUCUUGAUCAAGUCGUACCCCACCGGCAAUAUCUCCAAGCAUAUGGCGUCAAUGAAGGUCGGCCAAACGCUCAAGGUCAAGGGCCCCAAGGGUGCCUUCGUCUACACCCCGAACAUGGUCCGUCACUUUGGCAUGAUUGCUGGAGGCACUGGUAUUACUCCCAUGCUCCAGAUCAUUCGUGCUGUCAUCCGCGGCCGCCCAACCGGUGACAGGACCGAGAUCGACCUCAUCUUCGCCAACGUGACGGUCCAGGACAUCCUGCUGAAGGAGGACCUUGAUGCGCUUGCUAAGGAGGACAGCGGUUUCCGUGUGCACUACGUCUUGGAUAAGCCCCCUGCCGACUGGACUGGUGGUGUUGGAUAUGUCACCGCCGACAUGAUCACCAAGCUGCUUCCCAAGCCCGCCGAUGAUGUCAAGCUUCUUCUCUGCGGCCCCCCGCCUAUGGUUAGCGGUCUGAAGAAAACCUCUGAGAGCCUCGGGUUCAAGAAGGCCCGCCCUGUGAGCAAACUCGAGGACCAAGUCUUUGCUUUCUAA